AUUUACGUAUCUUUGUCCCAAAAAACAAAAUGUAUCUCCUAAACAAACCCUAGCGAAGUUGUGCACGCCCAAACAAACCCUAGCAUCCAUGGCAGAUUGGUCUCACCUUCCUUCAGAACUUCUUCAACUAAUUUCACAAAAACUCGACACUGUACUUUGCCUCCUUCGCUUUCGUUCUGUAUGUUCAACAUGGCGUUCUUCUUCAAUCCCUAACCACAAACACAAAAACUCUUCACCCUUGAACAUUCCACAAUUCCCAGAACCCAACUUUGACCCAUUCAAUAUUCGUAAUAUUAUAAAAAGCAAAUAUAUUACCAGCCGCCUCAUCACACACACCAUCUUUCUCAUCAAACCACCACAACACCAACCAUCUCUCAACCCUUGGUUGAUCAGAAUCGGUCCUGAUUUCAAAGGUAAAACUCAACUCUGGCAUCCUUUCUCAUCUGGACAAAAUUUAUCUUCAGAUUUCAAUAAUGUGCUUGACUUUAACAAACUCUCGUUUCGAGUUCUCGGUUGCAUGUCCUACUUCUACUUACACCACCUGAUCGGAGGAUAUCAGAGUUCCUUUAUCCAUUGUGUUGCUGCCGUGUGUCGGGGGGAACAACCUCCUGUUGUCGUCACUUGUGGUGAGUUCACUCAUUGUGAUAUCAAUCAGGGGAUGAUGAUGUUUCGUUGUGGGGACGAUAGUUGGACUACCAUCCCCAACAUGUCAAACUCCCAUGGAGGAAAUGUUUGUGUUUUUAAAGGGCGGCCUUGUGUUGUAGACAAAACUGGUCGGACUUUCAUGAUUGGACCGGAUUUAACCACUCAUUUGAUCGCUGAGCCGGUGUUUGGUGGGAAAAGUAAAUUCUUGGUCGAGAGUAGUGAGUUUGAGUUGUUGCUGGUGGAUAGAUAUGAAAAUUAUCGUGUUCCUGUAUGGAUUGAUGUGUUUAGGCUUGAUGAGAAAGAGAAAAGGUGGGUCAAGUUGGCGAAUUUAGGAGAUAAGGUUUUGUUCUUGGGGAAUGGAUAUUCGUUUUCUGCUUCUGCUUCCGAGUUGGGUUUUGCCAAUGGGAAUUGUGUCAUCUAUAGUAAAUCUUAUGGCUUCCACGAUCUUAAUAUCAGGAAAUGUAAAAUGAGUGUUUUUCACUUGGAUCAAGGUCAGGCUUCACCUUUGUCGGAUUAUCCUGAAUAUUUCAAGUUGUUCUGGCCACCUCCAGAGUGGAUUGCCAAGUUGUGUUCGUGAGUCAGAGGUGGUUGUUCCAAAGGGGCGUGGCGUGGGAGGACACACCAUUGGGUUCACGCACGAAACAUGGCAAUAUGGUGAAAUUGGCAAAAGUUUUAUUUUUCCAACAAGACUUGUUAUUUUGUUUCAAUUCUGAAUACUACUCAUGUUUGAUAUUGGUUAUUGAUUCUCAGUCUUUAUUUCUAAUAUUUUGAUUUUCCUCACUACUUGGUAAUGAAAAACAAACCCGGCUUUUCUUUCUUUUCUUACUAUAUUAGUAUAUAUGGUUUCUGGCUUUUGUUA